CAUUACAAUUACAAUAGAAAAUAAUAAUAUAUUUAAAAUAAUCUUUAAACAUUCUGGUUCGAGAUGAAGUCACUUCCGAUCCGAAUGUUAGGAAUGAACAAAGUACACAAAGUUGACCUUUGACCUUUUAGCAUACAGGACAAUCCCAGUCAUGGCGCAGUGUGGACUCACGGCAGUUAUUUUAGCAGCCUGGUUUGGCGGAACUCAUUUCACCACAGCAGAGGAGGAAUUGUUUUACACGGCUGCAGUGUAUGAGCACCAGGUUCUCCUCAACCCAGAGCCGAAAGUGGCUGUGGGACGGAAAGCCGCGCUGCAGCACAUGAACCGGAACCUGGAGGUGUUUGAGAAACAGGCGACUUCCGCUGCACAGCAGGGAGCCCAGAUCCUGGUGUUUCCAGAGGACGCCAUCCACGGCUUCAACUACAGCAGAGAGUCUAUAGCUGCGUAUCUGGAGACGGUGCCAGAUCCUGGAGCAGUGACGUGGAGCCCAUGUGCAGAUCCUGACAGAUUCCAAAAUACAGAGGUCCUGCAUCGUUUGAGCUGCAUGGCUCAGAAGAAUCGGCUCUUCCUGGUGGCCAACAUGCCCGACUGCCAGCCCUGCAACAGAUCAGUCAAUCCGCUGUGUCCAGCUGACGGCCGCUACCAGUUUAACACCAACGUCGUUUUUAGCGACAAUGGCACCAUCGUGGCCAGAUACCACAAACAGAACCUGUACUUUGAGGCAGCCUUCGACACACCUCCUGAGUGUGAGUAUGUGACGUUCACUACUCCGUUCGCUGGACGCUUUGGGGUGUUCACUUGCUUUGAUAUAUUAUUUCGGGAGCCGGCUGUGACCCUGGUGAAGGACAUGGGCAUCAGGCAGUUCGUGUACCCGACAGCUUGGAUGAACCAGCUCCCCCUGCUGGCUGCUGUGCAGUUUCAGCGCUCGUUCUCUUAUUCAGCUGGCGUCACUUUGCUGGCAGCAAACAUCCGCUCAGCGGCUAUGGGUAUGACAGGAAGUGGGAUUUUUACACCCUGGGAUGCGCUUUAUCAUCACGACACAGAGGGGGAGGCUGGGAAACUGCUGGUGCUCAGAGUGCCAGUCUUGGAUCCCUUAUUGCUAGGAGACGCUCCAGAGAAUGCUAGAUUGAAGUUAGUGCCAUUCUCUGGCCUUCCCAAAGUGGUUAUAGGAGAGGAACCAGAGUUUAGUCCUUUCCAGAGAGGAAUAGACUCAGAAUUUUGCCUAAAAGAGGAUUCUAGUUGUAAUAAACCGUCUUCUCCAUUUACCUCCACAAUGAUGUAUGAUAAAUUUACACUAGUGCCUCUGCAUGGCAAAGAAGGGAAUCUCACAGCAUGUGACGGCUCAUUCUGCUGCCACCUGCUCUUCCGGAGGACAAAUCCCACCCCUGAAGAAGAGCUUUAUGCCCUGGGGGCAUUUGAUGGCCUCCAUGUGGUCCAUGGGACGUACUACCUAGAGGUGUGCGCCUUAGUUCGAUGCACAGGGCUUCAUCAGGAAAGCUGUGGAGGCGAGACUGAGCAUGCGCACACGCUAAUUGACUUUCACCUGCACGCGACUUUCAGUACUGAGCACGUGUACGCCGGCGUGCUGGGCAGCGGCAUGACUCUGGACCGACCCGAUGAGUCCGGCUGGGAGAGCGGCAGGUUUUAUAUGAGCCGAAGAGGAAUGACCAACGGCCUGGUGACCGCAGUGCUGUAUGGGAGAGUCUAUGAGAAAGACAGUGAAAAGUAGCACAGCUUUCUUUCUUUCAGUAUUGUAUCCAUGUUCUGCAGUUGAGUGCAAAAGUUUGCAUCCCCCUUGUGUUUUGAAUACAAAAAAGAAAACUGACCUCUAUUUUACCAUUUAACAAUGAAAUGAAACGUGAAGUGAAGCAAAAGCAGAGUAUUUUGGUUGCCACACGUGAUUUGAAGACAUGGCAGGACAUAUUGCCAUGUUUAAUAAAAAGCCGUAAAAUAAAUUAAUUGUCCACUCCAAAUCAUGUUACAUUUUAACUGUUGCUGUUCUGAAAACCCUUUUUGCCAUUUUAAUAGUUUCUUUAAUAAACUGUUGCUGUAA